AUGCUCAACAGACAGAUCGCUACAUCGCUAGCGUCAGUACUUCUCUUCGAAGACGAGGUGCGGCGGAGUAAAGAGGUCGCAGCGAUGGCCACCCUACAAAGAGAGCAAAUGUCUUGGCAGCUUCAGCUUCAGACCGGACGGAUGCGUCGGAUGACUGAGCUAUCCCCCAGGGGCAUGUUCCUAUUCGAUCCAGAUGGACUUCUGUUAGAGGCGAACGACAAGUACUACGAGAUGACAGGUGUAUCAUCCACAGGCGAUAAACUGCGCUGGUCCAUCGACAUGAUGGUAGGCGACAGUCAAGAGGCCGCAAAAGAAUUGUGGGAAUCAAGCCGUGAGUUACAGUUUGCAAACUCUGAAUGCCAACCCCGAGAUAUUGACGGCGCACAAAUCGAGUAUUGGGUCUUGGCAGCUAGUCAGCCUGAGAUAAGCCCUGAUGGAAAGCUUAUCAGUAUUAUGGGCUCGAUCACAGAUAUAUCGCAUCUGAAGUGGGCGCAGGGAUUGCAAGAACGAAGACUAUACGAAGCGGAACAAGCGAAGCGUCAGCAGAAUGAAUUUAUCGAUAUCACGUCACACGAGAUGAGAAACCCACUUUCCGCAAUUCUUAUCUGCGCUGAUGACAUCCGCGAAACUCUAGCACAACACAAGUUCUCGUGCAGUAGCGAUCGGAAGAUGGCAAAAGACUUUAUCGAAGCUGCGGACAACAUUGCUCUUUGUAUUCAGCAUCAGAAGUCAAUCGUCGACGACAUUCUCACUGUCUCGAAACUGGACUCAAACCUUCUCCGCAUUACCCCAAUACCCGCGCAGCCAAUCAUUGUUGUACAGAGAUCUAUGGCGAUGUUUCGUCCUGAAGCUCAGGCCAAGAGCAUCGAUUUUAGAUUUGUUCCACAUCCCAGUAUUCGAGACCUCGAUAUUGACUGGGUGAUUCUUGACCCCAGUCGACUCCUUCAAAUCAUCGUCAAUCUUAUAACCAAUGCUAUCAAGUUCACCAUGGACUCCCAGAUUCGCUCAAUCACGGUCCACGUAUGUGCUCACGCGGAGUCGCCCGACUUUGACAUACCAGAAGGAUUUCAGUUUGUCCCACCGAGGCAUAUCGUAACUGAGUUUGGAAACGGUGAGGGUUGGGGCUCAGGCUCGUUUGUCUACAUUCGCUUCCAGGUCCAAGACACAGGUUGCGGGCUUUCUCCUCAGCAGAUAUCACUGUUGUUCGAGAAGUUUGCCCGAGCUGUAGGUAAGCCCAAUGCAGGAACUGCAUAUGAGCCAUGUACUAACGUUAUAUUCAACAUCCAGUCUCCACGAAUGCACAUUCAACACGGCGGCAGUGGCCUCGGGCUCUUCAUUUCGCGCCAGCUUGCUGAACUUCACGGCGGCCAAAUCGGCGUCUCGUCUAAAGCCGGUGUCGGCAGUACCUUCGGAUUCUACUUGAAGUGCAAACGUAUGAUAGCUCAGAAACCUACUCCGUCGCGUGAUUCAGUCAAACAUGCCCUCGAAGCCGAACAUGCGGUAUCUUCACGCAAGAUAAUUGCCGCAACCGCGUCCCAGAUUUCUGCCGCGACUACAGCAGGGAACGAUGAUAAGCCUGUCGAUGUGUACAUGCCACUGUCCACCAAUGAUAAGAAAGAUGAAGCCAAAGAUGAUCGCCUGCACGUUCUUGUCGUCGAAGAUAAUCUGGUGAACCAGAAAGUGCUAGUGAAACAACUCACAAAAGCAGGCUGUAUCACCAGUACCACCGACAACGGCGUCUGGGCACUAAAGCAUCUCAUCAAGACAAGAUUCUGCGUCACCGAUGGGAUACCACUCAACAUUAUUCUCAUGGACUGUGAGAUGCCGGAGAUGGACGGUCUGACAUGUUGCAGGAAGAUACGAGAGAUGGAGCAACGGAAAGAGGUGACGAAGCAUGUUCCUAUUAUCGCGGUCACUGCAAAUAUUAGAGGAGGACAGAUGGAAGACGCAAAAGACGCUGGUAUGGAUGAUGUUGUUGGGAAGCCGUUCAGAAUACCGGAUUUGUUGGCCAAGAUGCGGGAGCUGUUGAGGAAGCUUGAGGGGUGA